CCGCGAGCGGCUCCGCGGGGCCCGGGCGGGGCCUGCGCCGCGCGCACCGUCCCGCCGCCUUCCUGCGGCCGCCGCUCCCGCUCCGCCGCCCCGGCCCGGCCAUGCCGCGCCUCCUCCUCCUCCUCCUCCUCCUCCUCUUCUUCCUCCUCGUCCCGCACCGCGGCCGCGCCGCCGCCCCCAGCCCGGGGAACAGCACGGAGCCGCCGCGGGCGGCCGCAGGGAACGAGACGCAGUCGGUGUCGGAGCACGAGCCCGGGCCGAGGCUGUCGGUGGGGUCGGGGCUGCCGGUGCUGAGGCGCGCCGUUUAUGUGCUGAGCGCUCUGUCGGGGCUGGCCGCGCUCUACUUCAUGCUGCGGGCGUUCCGCCCCAGGUCCGAGGGCCCCAGAAACGAGCCCAAAACUCAUUUCAGGUUGAAGAAGCCCCAGAGGAAGAAGUACGGGCUGCUGUCGAGCCAGGACGAGAACAUCGAGCUGGGCUCCCUCGACAGUGACGAGGACACCGUGUUUGAAAGCCGGAACCUGAGAUGACUCGGGACCAGCGGCACUGGCUGCCCGGAAUGAUGGAGGGUCCAAUCCCAGUGGAAUCUCCAGUACUCAAAGUUUUAUAUCUGCUUACAGUGACUUAACUAACAGUUUGAGCCCUUCCAUAGCUGGGGCAGGGGAGAGGGGACCAAACCCGUUUUCUUCACGUGCAUUCUUGAGGACAUUUCUGGGGAAGGAUGGGAACUGUUCACUGCACGGGGAAAGGCUGAGGUAAAGGAGAUGCUUCUGGAUGAUUUUCAGCACCUGAGAUCUGAGCUCGAGAGCUGCCCCUGUGCCUCAUAUCCCUCUCUCCUUGCCCUGGAAACAUCAGAUUCCUUCUCCAGGCUGAUCAUCUUUCCUUCAUGCAAUAUCAGGUUACUUCUUUGGGAAGUGUCUCUGUAAUCAGCUUCUGGGAGGAGCUGCGAGAGCUCUGUUACACAAACGGGGGUGGGAGGGUGAUAGUUCAGACAGAGAAGCUUUGGGAAUGAGUUAAACGAGUUAAAUUUUGCAGGAUUGGCAAUUACUGGGAUAAUCCAGGUCGUUCACGGGUUUACAGACGUGUUAACAAAUGAAAGGGACCACAACCCAAAGGAAUAUUUCUCCAAAAGAGCUACCAAAAGGGCUGGGAAUGCCUAGACUCUGCCCCAGCCCCAGUUGUGAGUUCACCAGGGACAGGUGUGACAUCUGCCAAGCUCUGGAUUUUGUGAUACCUGAGGAAGAGCCAGAUGUGAGCCAGGGAGUGUCUUGGAGCAGUUGAUGACUGGAAAAGGGGGACCCCAACCCCUCUAGGCUGUGAUUCAGGGCAGCCCUGGAUGACCCUGGAGUUUCGUUCCCUUGGCUGGUACUCAGCCAGCAUCUUUCCUGCAGCCCAUUGUUACGUGGAUAUUUGGGAUCUGACUGUGUAGGACCAAAGGUGAAUGUGUCAGGAGGUGGUUGGUGAGUGGAUCUGCUGCUAAGUCAGUGAAAACUGCUCGCCAAGUGCUUCUGUCUGUGGCCUUUCCUUGGAAACUGGCAGCACAUCCUUAAAUCCCACUGCCCCCCACGCUGGUAGUGCCUUUGGAGAACCCGAGGGAUUUGCCCUGCGGGCAGGGAGGGUCCCUGUGGCACCUUUAGGGUGAAAAAUAAGGAUAUUUACCUUUUGGGCGAGUAUUUAGAAUGUCUUUGGCUCCUUUCCUUUGGCUUGCAAACCCCCUGUGGAUCAGGGGCAGCGAUGACUCUUGGAGAAGGGACAGUGAUGUGCUGAUCAGGGGGAGGCUGGGGCUGGCAGAUGCUGCGGUGUCCCGAGGCAGCUGAGGGAGUGCUGUGAUCCUGUGCAAGCGGCCACGUUUGUCUGUUCAGGCCGGGUGAGGUUUCCUGGAGAAAUCCCACCCCCGUGGCAGCUCUGUCUCGCACGUGCACAAAGGAUUUUAAAAUACAUACACAGAUAUAUUUUUUUAAUAACAUUGCCACGUGCACACAGUGCUUGCAUGUGCCCUGUUUUCCUGUCGUUUGGAUCGUUUAACACCUAUUUUGGGUGUUCCCUGCUUGUAGCUGCUGCAGAUGGGAGCAGGCAGAGGUUCCAUGUGGGAAUCGCUGGGAUGGCUCCACCCGGCUGCAGCUUCCCUGGGGAUGAUCAGAGCUCUGUGAUCCAUGGUCAGGGAUCUUUCUUGAUCCUGCAUGUGCUGGUAAUUCCCUGUCUCUUUUAUUCCCUCUGGAAAGUUGUUUCUUGGGGUGCUCAGCAUGAUCCCAUUUCUCUGGGAAGAAUCAGCUGGAUCUGGCACUUCCUGCAGUGUGAGCAGUGUCAGGACAGGGCAGGGGGUUUUGGGGUGGAUCCUGCAAAUAACAGCAGCUUUGAACACCUCACGUGACAUUUCCACAAAGGAGCAGUUCAGGUGUUCCUUCCAUUACUCUUUCAGUUCCUCCACGUGUGUUUGAUACCCUCGUUUUAGGUCUCUUUGCCUCAGUUGGAUCUUCCAGUAGCUUUCCAGUUGUAGUUCUUCAGGCUAAACACGGGAAUGCAAACGGACCCGCCCGUGCCUGGUCCUGGGCAGGCUGAGGCCUCACCAGCCACUGCUGCACUUUUCCUUCUCCUGAAUAAAUCAAGGUGUUGGUGGACGCUCCAUGUGCCUGUUGGUCUGCAGGAUUCCUGCUCAUCCCACCAAAAGGAGCCACUGGACCACGACCUGUAACAGUCACCACCUGUGUGCAUCGUGACUGACUACAGCAGUCUGCUCUGAAUUAAUCCAAAGCCAAUUUUCCAAAGUUUACAUAAUCCCUCUGUUACCUUGGAGGCUUUCUGGGAUGCUCUGCUGCUGAUACCGGCCUGCCCAAACCGACUGGGCCAUCUGCAGGGUUAAUGGGAUCCAUGGGAGCGGGGUGAGAUCAGCUCUGGUGGUUUUGUUCUGUGCCUGGGAUGGGACCUGCAGCCCUGCGAGUGCUGGGACAGGGGCCUGUGGUGGGAGUCAAUAAACAGCACUUGAGCACGUUGUUGUCUGAACUCCCCAAGGAGCAGUUCAUGUUUUGCCCUCCUGGAACUGCUGAUCUGUCUUUAAACAGCCACUAGCCCUGUAUCGAUCCAUGGUUUUCUUGUCAUUGCAGCAUCCCCUCCCUUGUACCUGGAACCACUGGAAUAAAGCAUUCCAGCCCA